AUGGAUCACUAUAGCACAUUAGAGGUCGACCAUAACCAGCACUCAAAUCCCCUGGUAACCAGUGCACCAGCACAGCAGGACUAUGAACGUUUUCCCGAGGCCGUGACGGCGGCACCAGGAAGCCCACCACAUUAUAUCAAGUCUACAUUCGACGCGGACCAAAGCCAAAAGAUCUCCGUCCCCGAGGGCGUCCUGGCCCCGGAAGCCGUGCCUGGACAGAACCUCUAUCAGAACGUGAGCACUGGGCAAGACACGACGGGAGCUUGGACGGCGGCGGCGGCGGCGGCGGAUGAGUCGCUUGCAGAGAAGAAGCCCCAAGGCAAACGGCAGCGAAUAUGUGGUCUCGAGCGACGCACCUUUCUCUGGGUCGCCGUGAUCGCAGCAGUCCUCGCCGCCGCCGCAUUGGCAGGUGGUCUGGCCGGGGGGCUGACCCACGGAUCCUCCUCCUCGUCGACGGGCGCCGCCGAUGCAAACAGGGUAAACGUCAUGGCGACGUCGUCGCUCGCGGCGUCCAACUGGACCGACGGCCGGGGCUACAACCACCGCAUCGUCUUCUUCCAGGACCCGUGGAACUCGGUGAUUGCGCGGCGCUGGGACUCUCAGAACCAGACGUGGGCAACGAGCAACGUGACGGCGUCGGCGGCCAACUCGGCGUCCCCCCUGGUGGCGGCCGCCGGCACCACGCUGGCCAGCGCCGCUCUCGACUGGCCGAAUGCGUACAAUGUCCACGUCUACUUUCUCGACCCCUGGAACAUUGUGCGCAGCGCCUACAGCGAUAGCCCCGUGCAGCUGCCCGACCUCUGGAAAAACGACACGCUGGGUUCGGCGCAGCUCCACGCCCUCUCGGGCUCCAAGCUGGCCGCCGCCUGGGCCCGCGGCUCGACGCCCACCGACGUCGGGGUCUGGACCGUGGCCUGGCAAGGACCGGACCGCGGCUUCAUCAAGGUGGCCAACUUUAGUGACUACAGCGCCGGUGUCAACGCCGUGGACGCCAACAAAGUUGCCGGCAACACCUCCCUGGCCCUCGUGCCGCAGUACGGUGGUGUCCAGGACAACCUUGGUCUCAUCAGCCAGAGCUUCACGAGCGAGACGGCCGGUCCGUUCCAGGUGAGCUCCUUUAACCAGACGUGGAAUAAGAAUCCCGACGAUGUGAUACCCGAUGUUCCACUUCCUGCAUCAAACCAGCACGUAGCCGUGACCAAAUGGGGUACAUGGUCCAGGACUCUUUGCUAUGCCCUCCUCGACGACGGGACAAUGCGAGGCAGCUGGUGGGAGGACGAGGCAGAGCAAAAUGCCCUUUCUAGUCUCAAUUUCGAUGGCGGACCGACGGCCAACUUCUCAUCUAUUGCAAUGACUCUGGAUGCCAUGUUCUAUGGCAUUAAUGGAGAUGAAAUCCACGAAUAUUCGGUGGACGGAACGGACGCAUCAAGGUUGAAUUAUGUUGGCAGGAUAUACCCAUGA